AUGAAUAAAGAAAAACUCGCCAAACUCUCAACCCAAGUACGAAUUGGUGGCAAAGGAACACCACGUCGUAAGGUUAAGAAGGUCCACAAGACAGCGUCAAAUGAUGACAAGAAACUUCAGUCAACGUUAAAGAAAUUGAACGUGCAAUCGAUUCCGGCGAUUGAAGAGGUGAAUAUGUUUAAGGAUGAUGGCAACGUCAUCCAUUUUCAAGCACCAAAAGUCCACGCAUCAGUUCACGCAAAUACAUUCGCCAUCUACGGUCAAGGCGAAGACAAAGAACUCACGGAACUGGUGCCCGGAAUCUUGAAUCAACUUGGACCUGAUUCACUUGCGUCGCUACUGGAAAAUUUCGAGGCGGCUAGUGAGAAGAAAGAAGAAGCUACAGGUGGUGCCACUUCCUCUAGUGUUGCUGCGGAAGAAACUGGUGAAACAAAGAUUAGUGACAUUGUUGAUUAA